CACAUGCAUGAGUACCCAUCGGUCCUUUCCCUUGCCACCCACCUGACGAAAGCAUCAUCCUUCAAGAUCACACAGUGCAGAGCUUCAUGUCUGUGAAGCUUUAUUGACUCUUUCAAACAAAGCGCUCAGAAGGAGUGAAUGAAAUGUGCAACUCGGGGUGUCGUUUCUGAAAGGAGGAGUCAUUUUCUUGAAGAGGAGUCCUCAAUGAGCCUGGCCAAGGCCCGGGAUCUGUGUGAAGUGGACUAAGGAUUUAGUAGGAUGUCAACUGAGACAGAACUUCAAGUAGCUGUGAAAACCAGCGCCAAGAAAGACUCCAAAAAGAAAGGUCAGGAUCGCAGCGAAGCCACUUUGAUAAAGAGGUUUAAAGGUGAAGGGGUCCGGUACAAGGCCAAACUGAUUGGAAUUGAUGAGGUUUCCGCAGCUCGGGGAGACAAGUUAUGCCAAGACUCGAUGAUGAAGCUCAAGGGCGUUGUUGCUGGCGCUCGUUCCAAAGGAGAACACAAACAGAAAAUCUUUUUAACCAUCUCCUUUGGAGGAAUCAAAAUCUUUGAUGAGAAGACAGGGGCCCUUCAGCAUCAUCAUGCUGUGCACGAAAUUUCCUACAUCGCAAAGGACAUCACAGAUCACCGGGCCUUCGGAUACGUUUGCGGGAAGGAAGGGAACCACAGAUUUGUGGCCAUAAAGACAGCCCAGGCGGCUGAACCUGUUAUUCUGGACUUGAGAGAUCUCUUUCAACUUAUUUAUGAAUUGAAGCAAAGAGAAGAAUUGGAAAAAAAGGCACAAAAGGAUAAGCAGUGUGAACAAGCUGUGUAUCAGGUUCCCACCAGCCAAAAGAAGGAAGGUGUUUAUGAUGUGCCAAAAAGUCAACCUGUAAGUAACGGCCGUGCGUUUGAGGAUUUUGAAGAGCGGUUUGCCGCAGCCACCCCGAACAGAAACCUGCCGAUGGACUUUGAUGAGAUUUUUGAGGCAACAAAGGCUGUGACCCAAUUAGAACUUUUUGGGGACAUGUCCACCCCUCCUGAUAUAACUUCUCCCCCUACUCCUGCAACUCCAGGUGAUGCCUUUAUCCCGUCUUCAUCUCAGACACUUCCGGCGAGUGCAGACAUGUUUGGUUCUGUACCUUUUGGCACUGCUGCUGUACCCUCAGGUUAUGUCGCUAUGGGCGCCGUCCUCCCAUCCUUCUGGGGCCAGCAGCCCCUUGUCCAACAGCAGAUUGCCAUGGGUGCUCAGCCGCCAGUCGCUCAGGUGAUGCCGGGGGCUCAGCCCAUCGCAUGGGGCCAGCCGGGUCUCUUCCCUGCCACUCAGCAGCCCUGGCCCGCCGUGGCCGGGCAGUUUCCGCCAGCCGCCUUCAUGCCCACACAAACUGUUAUGCCUUUGCCAGCUGCCAUGUUCCAAGGUCCCCUCACCCCCCUUGCAACCGUCCCAGCCACGGGUGACUCCGCCAGGUCAAGUCCACAGACCGACAAGCCCAGGCAGAAAAUGGGAAAAGAAAUGUUUAAGGAUUUCCAGAUGGCCCAGCCUCCACCUGUGCCCUCCCGCAAACCCGACCAGCCCUCCCUCACCUGCACCUCAGAGGCCUUCUCCAGUUACUUCAACAAAGUCGGGGUGGCACAGGAUACGGACGACUGUGAUGACUUUGACAUCUCCCAGUUGAACUUGACACCUGUGACUUCUACCACGCCAUCCACCAACUCACCUCCAACCCCAGCCCCUAGACAGAGCUCUCCAUCCAAAUCAUCUGCAUCCCAUGCCAGUGAUCCGACCGCCGAUGACAUCUUUGAAGAGGGCUUUGAGAGUCCCAGCAAAAGUGAAGAGCAAGAAGCUGAGCCGGAGCCUCUCUAUGCGCAGAUCAACAGAUGUAAGAAAUAGCGUCGAUGCGGGCUUGUGGCGGGUGCUUCAAGACUGGCAUGGAAAUCAGAUCGCGACAGGCUCUCUUGUAUUCUUUCACCUCUCGUCAUCCCACGAAGAAAUUCACGAUCGCCCAAUGGAACUCCUUUGGAAGAGGGAACUAAGAGGUUUUGGCAACCGCUGGCAGAGGUCUAUGGCAGCACAAAAACAAACACACAGAAAUAUAAAAAAACCAUCCCCAGCAUCAAAUCACAAAUCAAGCAAGUGCGCACCCAACACAUUUUCCAGGCUCUCUUAGCAUGGGUUUAAGAUGACCCAGUUUGUGAAACCCGAAUUCUCUUUUUAUUUCUCAACCUGUUGACCACUGUAAAGACAUCUAAUUUGGAGUGACAGGCCUCAGAGAGGUACAUCAGGGUUGGCACUGACGUCAUUUAGGCGAAUGUAAGGUCUGUGUCACCGCAAGAUGCUCAUUCGUAUGCCUUUCCACAUAGGAUGGUAUAAUUACAACGCUCCACAAGGCCUGGUCUGCCGUUUUUUCCCCUUUCCUUUAUUAGUCAUGUUUGAAAUUAAUGAGUGUACAAAUUUUUGUAUUGCUUUGACUUUUUUUUUAAGAUAUUGAUGAAGAAAUUCAAUUGGGAAAAAAGAAAAAAACCCCAUAUGAAAUGAAUUCACUUGAAAUCAUCACAAGACAAAUAAGUGGCUGAUGAUUCUUUUUGAUUAAGAAUGUUGCCAAAACAACCCUUUAAGCUCUUCUGCAUCCUGGUGAAGAAAGACAGAUUUCAGUUUAACCUUCACUCAGUGAGUAGGAAAGGACAUCGAAUCCCAUUGAUGAGAAAGAUGAAAAGUACAUCUGAUUUCCUCAGAAGCUCUAAACUCUUUAAGUUCAAUAAAAUGAGAUUUUUUUAUUUUUCCGAUAUCUUGCUGCUGUGAUGCUAUGCAGACAAGUGUCUUCUCCAUGUGCCAUUUUCAAAGAAAAGUCAUUUGCCAAAUACUUCUGGUACAAUCCUGGUAAUGUGGUUUGGGAUUUUAAAAAAUCGACUUGCUAAUGGAACAGUGGUGACAUGAAUAUUCAGAGUAACAAACUGAUUCUGUGGUCACGAUGGUUCAUCUCUAUCUCUUUUUGUACAUCAGAAAAUUCAAAUGGGAUUUUUAUUUUAUAACUUAAAAAAAAAACAAAAAACCUUACCAUUAAACUCUUUAAAUAUUUAAGGGAAAUGGCUUUAAGGAGUUCUAAUGAAAAAAAAAAAUUGCCCGUUUGUGUUUUUUUUUGUAAAUAUAAAUGUUAAUGAAAAUGUUUUUUUUAAAUAAUGCCAUUACACUGUAGAGAAGGUAGCAGAUUGAGUGCAGAAUGUGACAAACGUGAUGGGUGGGGCUCACUUUCCGGAGACUACUGUGGAGCUCUGGUAGGAAUUUGGAGUUCAGGGACAUCUGGCAGGAUCGGUCAGCCAAUCAGCAGCUAGUGAUCAGGAAGGGAGCACGUGGCUCCAGCCUCUCAUCUAAGUCUUUCUGUGAGAGUACAGCCCUCUCUGUAAAACAAGAAAGAGACAGUUCAUGCUCUGAAGGCCUGUCCUUCAGAUUCUGAAACUCCCUCCCACCUCUCCACUCCCACUGACCCUGUAGACAUCACUGGACUGUUUGUAUGUGAAACAGAAGAAUUUAAGCUUCCUUUUUUUACAUUUAUGAGACAAAAAGUGCAGUGUUUGGUUCGUAUGUUUAGCACAUGAUUUUCAUAAAGAAUCUAUAUAUUUUUGCCCUACAGAGAAUAUUGUUCUACAGGUCAACUGUGUUUUCCUGAUGUUCCUAUGCAGUUACAGUAUGUUGAAUUGAAUGGUUUAACACUAAGAAGAAACCUUUAAAGAAUCAUGGGGUGAAUUGGAUUGGGCGUGGGGGUGAUUAUCCUUACUUGGUUUUAAAAUUUGAAAAGUAGAAUUUACCUUGAUAUGAUUGACUGCCAUCGGCCUGUGUACUUUGAUACUUUGUAUCAACAGAAACUAAAAUGAUUUGGAAGAAGGUAUCCUUGGUGACCAAGGAAAAAAUUGAGAAGUCAAGGUAAUUGUUACUGUUUGAAGCCCAUGUUUUACACUGUCAGGUCACUGGAAUCUAAGUGUUUUCCAGUUAAUUGGCAAAUGUCCAUUGCAGAAUAGAUGUGUCACCCUAACAUGGAAGGUCUGAAGAACUCGAGAGCUGAAAAGAGCCAUUACCUUCCUCUGUAGCUGUCACAUUUUGGUUGACAUGAUUUCUUUAGGAAUGUGCAUACUUUGGAUGAGCUGAUCCUUCCUUGUGAAGGGGAAAAUGGGAAAGGUGUGAUAACCGUGCAAGUUGCCCUGAGACCAGUUCAAUUGCGUUUUCUGGGGAUUUGAUGAGAUAGGCAGUUCCCACGGGGAAGUAACUUAAAUUGCUCUGUUGUCCGUGAUUCUGAUUCUAAACCAGUGGUGCUAUCUUCUCCCUCAACAUGGUUGUCUUGAGUUUGUCUUGCAGUAUCACACCCUUCCACUGAUUCUGCGGGUUGCUUCUCACAUAUUCAAAGUGAACUCUGGCUGAUGUGGCUGUUUCAGGUACACCAUCUGGAGCUCAUUUCAUAGCGGAAAGUGACAGCCCAGGGGAUUUGUCAUCAUUCAUUGAGUGUGGGUGAAAACGUAGCUGGCUCUGAACUUAAAGAAGAUGGCCCCUGUAAUGCAUUAAAGUGAGGGAAAUAAAGUCAAGAUUUUAAACUGCCAUCCAUGUUAUCAUUGGCUGAAUUCUGCUGUCUAAUAAGCACUGUUUGGGGAACUCGGAACCACCGUAUCCUAUCCCAGGAAAACAGUGAAAUUCCCAAGUAAGAGCUGAGGUGCAGAUACCAAAAGGCCAUGGGGAGUAUGCACAGUUCCAGUUAGACUGAUAGAAAAUCCACGUGUACAACUGUUAAUUCCUCAUCCUUCACUAGCACGAAAUUUGUCACUUUAAAUUUUGAAACCAGGGAAACACCACCUGUCAUUCUGUUCCCAUUCCCCAUAGCUCUCUUUACAUGCCGCGAGACUUUUUUGAUAAUUCGUACUCAUCCCUGUGUCUACUGAUUCCCCAUCAUGUAAUGUACCGGGCACCUUCUUUAAAAAAAAAAAAAAAAGUUUACUCUGUGGGUUUGGUUCAUUCCAAUUUCUGCGUUCUGACACAUAUUUUUUUAAUAAAGAUGAGAAAGAGAAAAUGACUCUUGCAGUACAUUUCUAGACCUACUUUAACUUUACCUCAGAUGACAGUUUGUUAACAUAUAUGGACACAUUAUUUUUAACUUUAUGUACAAUGCAUUCAACAGAACAGCAAAAUUUUUAGAAAUUUUCCAUUAAUUUCUGUAACACACCAUGUAAAACUGUUA